GUUGAUUCUAACGACACAUCAGUUAAUAGAAUACAGUUUUACCUACCACAUUUGGGUUUGGGUCGCAACCAAUUGCUUAAUACCAAUGAUUACCCCGAUAUAGUCAAUGCUUAUAAGCAAUAUAUACUUCAAUCGGCACUACUAUUAGGCGCUAAGAAUGACAGCCAAACUCAUCAGGAUAUCAAGAAUUUGAUAGAAUUUGAAUCAAAACUGGCAAAUGUAUUAGAAUUUAAUCAAUAAAUG